AUCCUGAAUCAGGAAACAGGGAAAGAAAGCACUUGAAUUUGUUUAUGAGCUUUGAACACAUAUAAAUACUUUUAUUGUCACCAUUACUACUGCACAAUCUUUCUCUCUUACACCCUUUUUCUCUCUUCAAUCUGUACAUUUUCUCUCUCUACCUCACUGUGCAUUCAGUAGCCAUUGAAUCAUGUCCAUGCAGAACAAAUCACCAGCAAAGGCACAGAGCAGAAGGAGAUUGAGAAGAUGGAACCAAACCACUAUAAGCCAUAGUGAACAGAUGCCUCCUCCUCCAUUUGACCCUGAAACCACAACUGGUUGCAAAUCUUCUCUCUCAUCUCUCCUCCUCUCUACAUUCAUGAACACAUCCACCACUGUUAGCAACAACAUCAGAGCAAAAAACCCAUCACCAAACUCCUCUUCUUCUUCUUCUUCUUUUCGGGGCCUUGGGUGCUCCUCUGCGCCUGAUGUUUACAAUCCAACAUCGGCUCAUGGCCUUGUUAGAGCCUCAGCAGAUUGGCAAUCCAAAAAAGCAAAGAGGAGUGCCAAGAAGCCUCAUCCGAGGCGAAAACAGAGUACCCAAGUUGUGGAUUCUGAUGUUUGGUGCCCUCCUUGUAUCUCUCUUUCCACUGAUGCUACUUCCAUUGAUCCAGUCUUUUCCAGGGGCCGUGUUCUUGUCUCUGAUAAUGGGGGUCACAAGGGGGUUCAUGGUGGGAACAGGGGCCUGAGGAGCUUGGUGGCUGAGCAAAAUGCUGUUUCCGAGAGGAAAUACAGGGAGCGCCCUUGUGUUCCUCGGCGAAUAGAUAUCUCCGAACCAAGCUCUGAUUUGAAUUCCCCUUCCCCAUAUGAAAUGCAACAUCCUAUGCCAGAUGUGAUACCUGUGAGAAAUUACCGUCACCUUCGAGGAUCACAACGCUCUUCUGGAGCAUUUGCAGAGAUUGUGAUGUUCCAGACUAACCUGUUGUUGGGAAUGGAGUCAUUUGAUCGGCACCAAGAAUGGCGACUAGAUGUUGAUAACAUGUCAUAUGAGGAUUUGCUUGAGCUUGGGGAAAAGAUUGGUUAUGUUAACACAGGUUUGAAAGAGGAAGAGAUUGUCCACUGCCUCAGGAAAAUGAAACACUCCAACAUCUUGAACACUUCCCUAUCACAGUUUCUCUGUGAAGGAGAGAACAAAUGUUCUAUAUGUCAGGAAGAAUAUGAAGAAGAUGAUGACUUGGGAAAGCUAGACUGUGGACAUGACUACCAUCUGCAAUGCAUAAAGCAGUGGCUUUUGCGAAAGAAUUCUUGCCCCAUUUGCAAGAUCGGUGUUGUUCAAAGUUGAAAAAACAAAACGUGAAGUCAUAUUGUGCUUUCAAUUUCUUGUUCUCUACAUUUUUUUCAAGCAGAUCUUUUUGUUUUCCUUAACUUUCGUUAUUCUUCCAUGAGGUUAUGUACAGAUUCUGGGGUUGAGAGGAACAACAAUCAUUCUUUGUGUUGUACCCUAUAGAUGUGGAUUCCAUUUGGUUAAUUCAGAAUUUUGGGGAUUUUGCAUCACCCCCAAUUA